UAGUAAUAUUGUUAUUAAUAAUCUACAUGAACGUCUUCAAGUGAUUCGAAUUCGCUGUCUCCCGAGUUCCGAUACUUCCGAUCGUCGUCGUUCCGUUUCGUGUGUAUCUCUCGAGUAUAAUAUCGUUGUUAUAUUACAUCGUCGCCGUCCGUUCAAUAUGUUACCGCGUUUCCGGUGGUCAACUCGGGGCCGGAUCGACAGCGACACCACACGAACGGAACGCCCGACGCGGCAGUCGUCUUAUUAGUACCGGUACGUCAUCUUCAAUCCGAUAUUGUCCGUGUGUUGCAGCAAAAGUAGCGGCGGCGACGGCGGUAGAUCAUUCAAUCAACUGUUACGUCAUGUCGUCCUUGUCGUUACCGAGGGUACUGCAAAACCGGAAGACCAGCCUGGAUCAGGAACGUGAACACUUUGAAAAGAUUCAAGCUGCAAGUAUUAGUAAAGCAAUUAAUACAUUAGAGAAUCCAGUUAAAGAAAAACAUGCUAGAAAUGCUAUUAUAGGAACAUUUCAAGAAAAAAGUGCUGAGACUUUUUGGCGUUGUGUCACUAAAUUACCAUUACAAGAACACCGUAUUGUGGCCUGGAAAUUUUGCCACGUGUUACACAAAGUUUUGCGGGAAGGUCAUCCAAAUGUUUUGGCAUCAUCACAACGACAUAAAACACUUUUACAGGACUUAGGAAAAUUAUGGGUGCAUUUGAAAGAUGGUUAUGGGAAACUCAUCCAACAAUAUUGUCAAUUACUACUUACAAAAUUAGAUUUUCAUCGACGUAAUCCUGGAUUUCCUGGAAAUUUAGUUUUAUCUGAAGAAGAUCUUUGUAGAAUUGGAGACAACGAUGUUAAUAAUUAUUUUCAAAUGUGUGUCGAAAUGUUUGAUUAUAUUGAUGAAAUUCUGGGACUUCAGUCUGCAAUCUUUGGUUCAUUGGAUAUGUCUCGCUCAAAUUCAAUGACUAGUCACGGUCAGUGUCGAUUGGCUCCUUUGUUGCCUUGCAUAUUAGAUUCUGCACAGUUAUAUGAUUUAUGUGUGAAAAUUCUCUUUAAAAUGCAUGCUACUCUACCACCUGAUCUAUUAUCUGGCCAUAGAAAACGUUUCCUAAGACAAUUUACUAUAUUACGUCAAUUUUAUUUGGGGUCAUCUAAUCUCCAGUAUUUUAAAACACUUAUACAGAUACCUCUUUUACCUGAGAAUCCCCCAAAUUUUUUGGUACAAGCUGAAUUAUCAACCUAUGUUACUCAAGCUGCCAUAGUAUUACCAGAUGAAGAUCCAUCAGAGAAUAAUAGUAUGAUUGGUGAACUUGUUGAUCUAGGAAUUGGGAAUAGCGUCACCAGCAGUGAAACAAGUCAAAGAUCUUUGUCGCCGGAUCUUUUAACCCAAAGAGAUAACAUGAUUCAACAUUUACAUGGAGAAUUAAACGCUCAUCAAUCAUUAAUAAUUCAAUUAAAACAACAAGUUUCUACAUUAGAAAUGGAAUUGGCAAAAAAAGACAGUGAAUUAACUCAAGAAAGACUUAUCAGAGAUGAUUUAUUGCAUCAAGUAAAUUCUAUGGACAAUUUUGAUGAAUUAGAUAAAAAAUAUAAAUUACUUGAAGAAAAGUUUAACAAGUUGAAAGAAGUGUAUACCAAAUUAAGAGAAGAACACAUUACAUUGUUAAGACAGAAAUCUGACGUGGACAAGCAGUUGUCAAACAUGCGUACUGUUGAAUUUAAUAUGGCACCUCAAAGAAUAAAGUUUGAAGAAGAAUUAAUAGCACUCCAAACUACUGUGGAUUCGACUACUCUUCACAAUGAUGAACUUUUGAGAGUAACUGAGCUAUUAAAGACUGAAGUUAGUGAAGUAAAGCAAAAAUUGACUGAUGCCGUACAAAUAAAAUCUGAUUUAGAAUUAAAACUUUCUGAAUCUGAGGAAUUACGGUUUUCUAUCAAUGCUCUUUGGUUUGAAUGUUGUCGUAAAAUAAUUGAACAUACAAGUGAAAUGUUAGAUUAUCCUUCUAUGUCUUCAGCUACUUGUUCUCCUGAAUGUGUAUCUUUAAUCAAAGAAAAACUUGUCAGUUCCAUUGAUAAAGGAAAAGAUGAAGUUGCAGGGUUUGCCCAUUAUGUUGCCAUGUAUAUUGUUCUUGGAAAAUCUGUAUCAAACACAAAAUCUGAUCUGAAUGAUGCUCAAAAGUUGUCGGAUAAAUGUAAACAAGUAGGAAAAGACAGUGUAAAACUCUUAACUGCUUGGCAGACUGGCGUCAAAAUUGAUGAAUGUUGCAAUGGUCUUAUCAGUACAUUGAAUGAUGUUGAAUCCAUGGCAUUUUCUACGCAAGCAAACGAGUCGUUGGGAGAUUUGGUUGAAGAUGAGCUUAGUAUAAUGGAUAGAGCAAUUGAGGAAGCGGCUAAACGCAUUCAAGAAAUGAUCACUGAGUCGAGAGCUGCACAUUCUGGAAUUAAACUUGAAGUGAAUGAACAAAUUUUGGAUUCGUGUACUUCCCUCAUGGCUGCCAUUAGAGUGUUGGUGCACAAAUCACGUAAACUUCAAGCUGAAAUUGUAGCUAAUCAAGGUUCUAAUGGGUCAGCUAAAGAAUUCUAUAAGCGUAACCAUCAGUGGACUGAAGGGUUAAUAUCUGCAGCCAAAUCUAUUGGGCUGGGUGCUAAAGGGUUGUUAGAUGCAGCAAAUGAGGCUGUAAGUGGCGAAGGAAAACUUGAAAGAUUAAUAGUGGCUUCACAUUGUGUGGCUGCCGGGACAGCACAACUUGUGGUUGCCAGCCGUGUAAAAGCUUCACAAAACAGCGAUAAUUUGGCUGAAUUAUCCCAAGCGUCACGUAAUGUUACUAAUGCUACUGCUACAGUGGUAGCCACUGCCAAAUCUUGUGCCCAAUUAGUUCAACAAACAGAAGACCUAGACUUAGGUGUCCUGAAUGAACAUCAAACCAAACGUUUAGAAAUCGAGUGCCAAGUUCGUGUGUUAGAGUUAGAGUCAUCAUUAGAAAAAGAAAGAAUGAAAUUAUCUGCAUUGCGUAAAUUACAUUACCAAGAAGAUCAAAGUUAGCGAACAAAGUAUAAAUUUCCUCUAAUAAUUUGUCUAUUGUAUCAAAUUUAAUCUGCUUCCAAAUAAUAUUUUUCUUCUUAUAAUUUGACCACUAAGUUUAUAUUUUUAUACUGCUCAAACCACUACUAUUAGACAUAUUACGUGUUUUAACUUUUAUUCCAUUUUAAGCUUAAUAAAUUAUUGAUGUUUUCCUUAUUAUAUUUACAUUCAUGAAAACUGAUUUAGUAACCUAACUAUAUGGCUGUUAAAUAAUAUUAUAUAGUAUCAGUUUCAGAGAUCUCUUUACUCAUGUUUCUAAAGUUGUUUUUAAACAAAAUAAAAUUGCCAGUCAAAUAUUGAAUUUUUAGGACUUUGGGUACAACAACUAUAAAAUUAUUUAUUUAUAAUAAUUUAUAUUCCAUUUUUAUUUUACUUUUUAUUGAGCAUGCUUGAAA